AUUUGUGUGGCGUCGCGUGCUCAUCGCGACCUCAGUUCUCUCUUCGCUUUGUGGAAUUGGAUUUUUGGCUGUUUUCCGCCCGACACAAGAAAAACCCAAUCACCGUAGACUACACCGACUACACUGUCCCAAAUAGUUGGCCCAGCGAGCAACGCGUUACUAAACCACUUAACUACACUGCAAUACACUAGAAAAAAAAACCACACACACACCCACAACGACGACGAGAAAAUGUCACAUCAAAGUUAUAAUAGUGCUAAAACCAGAGAUCCCUAAAAUUAGAAGAAAAAAAAAGGGAAGAAUACAAAUAAACCGCGCAAAAACCGACCAACUCAUCAUUGGAAAGCAGAGAAAAGAAAAACUUGUGAAAAACUAGUAAAACAAAACUAAGAAGAAAAAAAACAGCCAGUGCAAAUUAAACGGGAAGAAUUUUUUUUGGUGUCCCUAUUUUUUGGUGUUGUUUCUAUCUCCUCCUCGAUUUUCCCCCCCUUUGACGCAGAAAGUGCGCAACAACACUUGUGAGACGGCGGGAACGGGAUACAACAAAUAGCCACAGCCGAAAGCGACUGGAAAGCGGUGGAAAGCCGGACAAAUUGGAUUACAAUCAAUUGAGCAGAGACGGCAGCCGUCAGCACUCAGGAACUAUAUUAUAUAUAUAUUGAAGAAACAAAAAACCGACUCGGCACAAUGUCUCUACCGAUCUUCGAAUUCCGCGCCGACGACUUCACCAGCGAAGACAACGACCUGUGGCACCUCUUCGACAACGAUGUGCCCCCCAUGUACGACAUGGACACCCAGGCGGGCGGGCCCACGAUCCACGGCGAUUUGGAGAAGCUCGGCAACGAGGACAUGAUCUUCUCCGGCUACGACACGGAGGAGGACAUGAAGCCGGAGAUCCGCAACGGCGACUGCAUGUGGUCCUCGAUGGCCAACUGCAUUAGCAGCGGCAACAUGAUGGUCAACGGAUCCGGUUCCGGAUCCGGCACCGGCAGCAACAGUGCCGCCUCCUCGUACAGUGAAAGCAGCGCCAUCGCCCUGGCCGUGGUUUCCGGCUCCACAAAUCCCUACAGCAGCAUAUAUCAGCGAUCGCAAACGACGGACAGCAGCAGCAGCAGCCAGUCGAAUCCACAGCAGCCGAUGGCCAUCAAGAAGGAGCCCAUGGAUCAGCAGGACUAUAUGGCCAGCCAGAAGCGCCGGCGUUUGAGUGGCGGCGAUAAGAAGUCCCAGCAGCAGCAGCAGCACAUCCAGGAUGAGGACAUGUUGAUACCGCCAGGCGGCAGUCUGCUGCGCAAGCGGAACAACAUUGGCACCAACAGCAGCCAGGCGUUGGGCGACAGCAUGAAAUACCUGAGGCCCGACACCCCGCACAGUCUCACCGACGAGGUGGCCGCCCCAGAGUUCAGGCACAACGUCGACCUGCGUGCCUGUGUGAUAGGCAGCAAUAACAUUUCACUGACCAUCGACGAUGGCGAUGACAGCUACAUCCAGCAGAUAAGCAGGGAUCUGCAGAAUGUCGGCAAGGACAAGCUCUCGAUACAGUUCCCCACACCGGCGCUGAUCGAUGUCCUCGAUUUGGUUAGCCAUAUGACAACAAACAGCAGCAGCGGCAGCAGCAGCAGCAACAGCAACAACAGCAACAACAGCAACAACAAUCCACAGCAGACAAACCAACAGAUUGACGAGCAACAGCAGGCCAUCGAUAUAGCCACUGGCUGCAGUACAGUGGGCUCUCCGCCGUCGACCGGCUCCGAUUCCGACUCGGAUGAUGGCGAGUCGCACAACUUUGGACUGCGGCAUCAUCGCAGCAGCCUGAGCAGUGCGACAAACGCGGCCAACAAGACCAGCAGCAGCAGCAGCAGCAGCAACGGCAUGUUGCACAUGAUGCACAUCAGCGAUCACAGCUAUACACGCUGCAACGAUAUGGUGGACGAUGGACCCAAUCUCGAGACCCCCUCCGAUUCCGACGAGGAAAUCGAUGUGGUGUCGUACACGGACAAGAAGCUGCCCACGAACCCCUCGUGCCACGUGAUGGGCGCCCUGCAGACCAAGAUGGCCCACAAGAUCUCCAUCGAUCACAUGAAGCAGAAGACGCGCUACAACAACUUCAAUCUGCCGUACACGCCGGCCAGCAGCAGUCCGGUGAAGUCGGUGGCCAACUCGCGCUAUCCCUCGCCCUCGAGCACGCCCUACCAGAGCUGCUCCUCCGCCUCGCCGUCCUACUCGCCCCUGUCCGUGGACUCGAGCAGCUCCAGCUCCAGUUCGCAGUCGAGCUUCACCACCAGCUCCAACAAGCGCAAGCGCACCUGCCUGAAGGCCCCCGGCGGCGUCUUCACCUCCAGCGGCAGCGCCGGCGGCAGCGUGGUCAUGCCGAACGGCAUCAUGAUGGGCAAGAAGUGUCGCGGCAAGAAGGUGGUGGUCAGUCCGUCGGCCACGUCGUCGGGCAGCAUAUCCCCGCUGUCGGCUGGCUCCAAGGACAUGGACCCCAUGGACCGGGCCUGGCAGCGACGCACUGGCGGCACCACCACUGGCCUGUCCUCCGGCACCGGCUCGGGCAGCAGUGUGCUCCGGAAGGACUUUGUCCUCGGACUGGACGAGGCCGAUACGAUCGAGAAGCGUAAUCAGCACAACGACAUGGAGCGACAGCGUCGCAUCGGGCUGAAGAACCUGUUCGAGGCCCUCAAGAAGCAGAUACCCACCAUCAGGGACAAGGAGCGGGCGCCCAAGGUGAACAUACUGCGCGAGGCGGCCAAGCUGUGCACCCAGCUGACCCAGGAGGAGCAGGAGCUGAGCAUGCAGCGCCAGGUGCUGAGCAUGAAGCUCAAGCAGCAGCAGGAGAUCCUGGCCCGCUACAGGAUGGUCAAGUCCGAACCGCACUCGGUCAGUGGAUAGUCUUGUCACCUGCUAUCUGCCUAAGGCGGCGGCGGCGGCGGCGGCGUAGAGCUAGGAGCCCCACCCACUCCAUACACAUGUACACCUGCUGUAUGGCAUCCUAUUUUUUGCGAUUCUUCGCCUCUUUCUUGACCUUAAGCCUAUGAAUGAUUCUUUUUUUUUUGACCGUGGAGAACUUCAAUAUCAGUUGGUAGGUUAUUUUUAACGAUUUGCUUGCUUCAUCUUAGUGUUUUUUUCCCCCCUCGUACCUUUCGACAGGGGUAGUGUACAAGUGAUUUAACAAAUUUGAUUUCUUUAAUGUGAUAUAUAUAUGAUUUUCUUUCCGCACGUCUUGAUUUGGCAUAUGGAAAUGAACGAAAACGGUUUUUUUUUGGAAUCAAGUUGAAGUGUUCUUUUUUUAUUCGCUGCAUAUGUUGCUAGGACUAGGCUUAGCUAACGUUUAGGGGUCUGUAUAUAGCGUAUAUGAUAUAGGUUAUUUCGAUAGACAUACGAUAGUUAUUUUUUUGAAUUAGCUACUUAACCAUGAAGUAAACAAAAAGGAAAACAAGAUUUAAGCAAAGAAAGUUACAAAAGGAAAAACCAACAAAAAUAAGGACAAGGAACCAAACAAUGAAAAGUGAAAGUAAUAGUGAAGAAAGCAGAAGAGGACGGACAGGGAGAGGGAGAGGAAGAGAGGAGAAACACAACACAAAGGGAAACACAAGAACGGAAACGGAAACGGAAAACAGACAAAAGUUACAACGAAGAGCCACAAAGAGGAGAUAGAAGAGCACACAAAAUCGGAAGUGAGAACGAUGAGAUAUAUUUAGGUAUGUUAGUAUAGCUAAAAGUAGAACUUUUGGUUGGUAUAUCACACCCCCACCCCCACCCACACCCCAAGAAAAAACCAUCUAAAUGGGUUCCAAACUUCUUGACGAAGCAAUGCGGAACCCCGACUUCUAACUUUGGUUCACUAGUGUUUACCUAGAACUUACCCCAGAAACUAUGGAUGUAUCUUUUUUACACGCGCCUUUGGGUUCUGCUGUGUAUCUUUUAGGACGCAUCCUUGGAGCAGAAAAGAAACCUCAAUGCUUUUGCUUAGACCCUCAGAGAUAUCCUCCCGCUAUUAACCAUAUAUGUAUAGAAUCCUAUAUAUAUAUAUAUACACACACACGCAUGUAUAUGCUAGACGACGCGAAGAUGAAAAAGAAAACGCUUUUUAUAUACACCCGAAAAACAAAAACAACAAAAACCCUGAACUCUACUGCCUAUAUUGAGAAAAUACAUUUUAUUUGCUAUGAAGAUUCAAAUAUGAAUGUAGUUAUAUUCGUGUGCAUAUAUGGGAACCUUUUUACAAUCAUAUUAUCUUUACUAUUAUUAUUCUUUUUUUUUUUUUGCUACACCUAGGUAUACAUAUAAACACACAUAUAUAUAUAUAUAUUUUUUAACUGAUAACUAUGCAUAUGAAAUGCGCAAAACUUAACGAAAACAAAGCGGAAUUAAGGAAACUUUAAACUAUUUAAUAGUGCUAAACCUAAACGAAAACCUCUCGAGAAUAGCCGAUAGGUAGAUAGGAGAGGGGGAGAGUGGAGAGUGGAGAAAUUGGCUGCAAAGUUUGUGAUUGGAGUUACGAGAGACCCAGAGCGAUAUAUACACCCAUGCGACCCAAGACCCAAGAGAAAACUCAAACUUUUGUGAGCUGUUUAACUGUCGAUUUUUUGCUAAUAAGUUAUAGCCUCUCGGCGAUAUGUUAUAUAUGAUUAACGAUUAUACCGAUUGUUUACACGCAUCUAAAUAUCAACUACUAAAUAACUACUACUAAACUAAAGGACAUGGAGCUAAUGCUAAUGAAGUGAAUAAGCGCAUGAGAGAGUAUGUGUAGGGAAGCACGAACGCGAUUCUAAGGAAAUGUCAACUGUUAUUUAGGUUUAGACACACACACAAACACACGAAAAAAACACACAUGAUAUGUAUAUGUAUGGAUAUUCGAUAUAUAGAUAUAUUUGAUGACCAGAAAUUGAACGAGAUCGCGGGGGAGGUUAUAUAGUGUAGGCAUACACACCCAUAUACAUGUAGGCAGUAAAUUUCUAUAUAGUGUAGGGCGACGUUUCAACGACAUUUUUUUUAUGUGAGUUCUAGGCUAAUGGCUAAUACCUACUAUACCUAUACCUAUACCCAAAAAUAUAUAAAUAUAUAUACAUAUAUAUAUAUUCUUAUAAUUUUUUUUUGUUUACCACUAGCUUUACGUUCGAACCCAUGAAAUAUUUUGUAUCUUUUACUUUUUCUUUAUUACGCCGCCGCAAAAACUUCUUGAAAAGCAAACUUAACUCUUUCUUUAUUGAAUACUUCAAUUACACUAAAAACAAAACUUGUUAAAUGGAAAAAGAAACUACAUAUACGUGGACAAACAAUUAAAGAGUAUAUUUUUUGUAUUGUUUCGACCAAAAAAAACAAAAACCAAUGUGUACACACUGUAAAUAGCAAUCUCGUUAAAUAAUAGUUACACACGCCUACAAAAUAGCGAACCCAAAACCCAAGAGAUGGAAUUAUUUUUAUAGAAAACACAAAACCCGGAGAGAAAACACAAAGCAAUAGACUUAAGCGAAUUGUACAACGCGAAACGAAAACAAAACUUCAAUAAACCAACAAACACACAGUACACACAGUACACACACACACACUCACACACUCACACCUAUAUAUAUACACACACAAUACACACACGAAUGCACCUAUUUUCCUAUAGUACAUACAAGAAAUAGUUUAAACAAUUAAAAGCCUUGUUUUCUUUCUGUAAUUUCAACAAACAAAAACAAGAACCGUACAAAUUUACGAUACAAUAAACUAAAAACCUAAAACCUAAAAACAAAUGACAAGAAACAAAAAUACGAAAAGCAAACCUUUUCUUGGUUUAGUCCUUUAAUUAAUUUAUUAACGAAACAACAAAUUCAAGUGAAAGAGCAUUUUUAAACAUAAUUUUUUUUAUUACAAAAAUAUAUAUAUAUAUUAUUAAACUAUGACCAAAACCAAAAUCCUCGCAAACAAAACAAAACAAAAAAAACAUUAAACUUUUUUUUCUUAUAAAAUACGUUUAUAAUUAAAAAGAAAAGUUUUUAAGUUUAAAUAUAUUUUUAUGAUUAUGAAAUUUUUUUAUAUUAUACACACACACAAACUACUAUUUGAAUUAGUUGUUAAACAUUUAUUAUUAAACAAAAAGAAAAUGAUUUGAAGAGAAAAAAAAACAACAAAUGUAAAAACUUGUGACAAAAAAAAUGCGAAAAACUCAUUGAAAUGAAAGCAUAAAAAAAACUGUUAACACACUGAACGAAAAACAUGAAACUAUAGACGAACAUGAUUGAAUUAUUACAUGUAUAUUAAAGCCUUUUUUUUCAUACCCCUAUGACUAUAUAUAUAUAUCUUUGAAAAGCAUAUUUUUGAUUUGAUGACAAAAGAAGUUAUGAAAAUUCUGUUCACUUUGGUUAUUGCUUAUUAUGUAUGUGUAAAAAUCGCAAAAUAAUAUUGAUUUAACUGGCGAAUCAAGCUAAACACCUAUAUUAAUAAACUAUCUAAUAAUUUUUAACUCGUUAUGUAGUUACCUAUUAAUGAAAAACAAAUUGAAAGCGAAAAAAAAUGAGAAAAGUAAACACAAUAAAUUACAUUUUAUGUACCUUUUACAUAUAUAAACAAUAUAUAUAUUACACGCAACACACACACACACACACUUAUAUAUAUACACACACUACUAUAUAUAGAAACAAACCGUUUAAAUAUUUUUUUUCAAAAUUUAUGAUAAUGGAAUUAUACAAUAAAAAUAUUUCAACAUACCAAGAAAGAAAUUAA